GGUGCAUUAGACAGUUAGAGAGACAGACAAUGAUUGGUUAGACAAAUUAUAUUCUAGAAUUUCAUCUCAACCCAAAGCGGACAAUGAUGCAGUGGAGUCUCCAAUCAGCUGUUUAGUUGACAACUUGGCACAGUCUGGAAUAUAUCGUAGAGGUUAAUUAGUUCAGCAAUAUGUCCGUCAUCCGGGUACCCGACAAGGGAGGCAAUUGUGUUACUUUUCGUGACGUCGAUGGAUAUUGGUUACCGACCAUUUUCCAGGAAGAUGUAUUUCGAGAAUGUCACAAAUUGAACAUUCGAGAAGAUGAUGUGAUUAUCAUAAACUGGAUGAGAUCAGGCACCCACUGGCUUUUCGAACUGGUCAGCAUGCUACUCAAUAACAAUGACGUCACAAUUCCCAAGAAGAAGGAGGAUAACAUGAUCGAGUUUUCUGACAUCCGUACUCUAGAAGCAAUACCAUCCCCGCGGGUGCUAAACACGCACCUGCAGCCUCAGGUGCUACCGGAAGGUCUCAAAACAGGGGCAUGCCGGGUAAUCUAUCUCAUAAGAGAUCCUAAAGAUGUGGCCGUGUCCUGGUAUUUUAUGCAUACUUCGUACAGUCACUAUGAAUACACCGGACAAUGGCAGGAUUGGCUGCCAAUGUUUUUAGAAGGAAAAGUUGACUGGAAGUCCUGGUUUGAUCACGUCAGAUCAUGGGAGCGGCUGUUUCAGGACAAUCCUGAUGUCAACGUCCACUUUGUCCACUACGAAGACUUGAAACUGAAUCUAAUACAAGAGCUACAAAAGCUGUCGAUGUUUCUGGGACUAGACCGUGGAAUAACGUUGCUCGAAGCGAUCGCAGCCAAGUGUACUAUUGGACGGAUGAGAAACGACAAACUGAAAUACACUUUACACGAAAAAGGUCUCCCUGUCCAUUAUCGUAAAGGUCUGGUUGGUGACUGGAGGAACUACUUCACGGUGGCCCAGUAUGAACACUUCCAGCGUCUGUAUCAGGAGAAGAUGACGGGGUCCCGCUUCCAGAUUCGAUACAGCGCUGCCAUGGACUGAACAAGAAGAUAAAAUUAUGUCACAAAAUAUAUCAGAAUUUCCA